UGUUCUAUACCAAAUAAUUAAUUUCAUUUAUAGCAAAAAAGCAAAACAAAAAAGCACAGUUCAUUGAUAUUAAUUAUAAGAAUAUCGACAUAAGAACUUUGCUGAAAACGAAAGAAAACUUAGAAUUUGAGAGAGAGAGAGAGAGAGAGAGAGAGAGAGAGAGAAAUGGAGGACAUAGAGCAUAGAAUUAUAGAGGUCCAGUGAUCUUAUUCAUCCACGGCUUCCCGCAGCUGUGGUACACGUGGCGGCACCAGAUACUGACACUUGCUUCGCUGGGCUACCGAGCUGUGGCGCCGGACCUCCGUGGCUACGGCGACACCGAUGCACCGCCUUCGGUGACGAGCUACACGUGUAUGGACGUGGUUGGGGAUCUGAUAGCGCUGUUGGACGCCAUAGCUCCUGAGGAGGAGAAGGUGUUUGUGGUGGGACAUGACUGGGGUGCUCUCAUUGCUUGGUUCCUUUGCUUGUUCAGACCAGAUCGGGUUAAGGCUUUGGUGAACCUCAGUGUGGCUUUUAAUCCUAGAAACCCUAAGAGGAAGCCUUAUGAGACCUUGAGAGCCAUCUAUGGUGAUGACUACUACAUUUGUAGAUUUCAGGAAAUUGGAGUAAUAGAAGGUGAAUUUGCCGAAAUAGGAACCCAAGAAGUUUUGAAAGGAUUCUUUUCAUAUAGAAAUCCUGGCCCACUUAUGCUGCCAAAAGGGAAUUUGUUUCCACACUCAAAAGAUGACCCAAGUGAGUUACCUUUUUGGUUAACUCAGCAAGACCUUGAUUACUACACUAGUAAAUUCGAGAAUAAAGGCUUCACUACUGGUGGAAUCAACUAUUACCGAAACAUGAACAGAAAUUGGGAACUGACAGCACCAUGGACUGGGGAUAAAAUAAAAGUACCAGUGAAGUUUAUAGCAGGGGAUUUGGACCUUACAUACAAUACAGUGGGAACCAAAGAUUACAUACACAAAGGUGGAUUCAAAAAAGAUGUUCCUUUUCUAGAAGAGGUCAUAAUCAUGGAAGGUGUUGGACACUUCAUCAGUGAAGAAAGGCCUGAUGAGAUUAGCAACCACAUUAAUGAUUUCUUCAACAAGUUCUAGCAUAUAAUAAUGAUGAGUCAUUGUUAUUACUAUUAAUAGUUUUACUUCCUUGAAUUUCUUGUAACAUUUAAUAAGGCAUAUAUAUAUAUAUCCAUCUAGAUGUAAUAUUAAUUGUAUGGAUAUUUUUAUAUGUAAUAUAUUGUAAGGUUGUGUGUUA